AUGUUUUGGCCGCUGGUUAGCAGCGCGAUGGAGCAAGUCGUCAAAGAGAGGGUGCUCCCCGAAGUGAGGGCCAAGUUGCCGUCCUUCCUGCAGUCCAUGGACAUCCAGCCAUGUACUCUCGGCAAAACUCCUGCGAAGGUCAUUGACCUCAGGGUGCUCCCAAACGGACACACUGGCGCGCUUUUGGAUCUUGUGGUGGAUAUCGAGUACAUCGGGGAUGCCGACAUCAAGUUUGUCUUCCAAGGGGCAUCGUUGGGAGUUCGCGAGGUCAAGUUCGCGGCGCGCCUGUUUCUGAGUCUCCACCAUCUCUUGCCAGAGCCGCCUUUCCUCCAGGGUGCCUCGGUGCAUAUGGCGUCGCCCUGCCGGUUGUCCAUGGAUUGGACGGGGGUGGCUGAUUUUCUAGAUUAUGCCUUCUUCGAGGAUGUGAUACACACUGUGGUCAACGAUGCGCUGAAAGACUUGUUGGUCCUGCCUGCGCGUAUUCCCGUCCUGUUCGACAGCGCCCACAGGAUGAACAUCUUCGACAUGGUGCGCCCGAGGCCCCAGGGAUGUCUCCAAGUCACGGUCCUCGGGGCAUCUGGACUCGUGGGCAACGAGUACGAGCUCAAGACGCUCCUCACUGGCGAGCUGACCACGGACCUCCUCUUAUUUCGACCCCUUCGUCGAGAUCAGCAUCGGGGGCAUGACGUGGAGGUCGGCCUCGGUGCAGAACACCACCGAGCCUCGCUGGGAGGAGGACGGAUAACACCCAUUUCUUCCUCGUGGACGCCCCCGAGGAGCCGACGAAGAUGCACCUAA